UUCCCUUUGAGCGCAUUUGUCGGCUUUUUGGACUAAGCACUGCCCAUCGUUCUUUUUUUAACUUAUUUCUAGUUUCAAAAAUUUGAACCUCGUUUGUUCCAACAUACAUCCACCUCUCUUUGUCGAGUUUCCUUCCAGUACCCGUCACUCUCUUAUUUCUCUUUGCCGACCAUGGCGUCCCAGAGCAACUUCAUGUCCGCCAUGACCAACCGGUCGCUGCGCACUGUCCGAUUGGAACUUGAGUUCCUUGCGGAUGCGUCAGUCAUUACUCCACAGCAACUGUCCUCGAUUGUAUCUCAACUACCCCAGGAGAACACUGAACGUUCCGCCUCUGUACCACCACAAUCGCAGCCACCUGUCCAGCGGCACCAACCCCCUAUUGCAGCCCCAACUCCCGUCCAGCCUUCUCCAGCCCCAUACUCUCCUCCAACCCAACAAUUUGCCAAUACCUCGUUGAACGAGAAAGCCGCCUAUCAACCGUCCCCGCAACAUUAUACCCCCCCUCCGCCUGCUUAUCCCCAAUCUCCCCCGGUGCUCUCGGUCGCUAAUGCGCUCUACGCUUAUACUCCAACAGACCCCGGUGAUCUGGCUCUCCAGCCCCAUGACCGGGUUCAAGUUUUGGAGCACAUGAAUGCCGAUUGGUGGCGUGGUCGUAAUGAGCGGACCAACUUGGAGGGUAUUUUCCCUCGUAGCUAUGUGAGCGUGAUCGAAGACAAGGCGGCACCGGCUCCUACGAGUUACGGAAAUAUGCCACUCGAAGUCAGCCAAAGUGGCUCCGCAGAAAAUCCGGACGACAAGAAAACCGGCAAGUUUGAGGAGCAUGGCAAGAAGUUUGGCAAGAAGAUGGGCAAUGCCGCUAUCUUCGGUGCCGGUGCUACUAUCGGCUCCAACAUUGUGAAUAGCAUUUUUUAGUGUGUUGGCUUCUUCAGAUUUCAUCCAUACCGGAAGGGUUUCGAGCUGAAUACCAUGCGAGUUGAUUCCAUUUCUCGCUCUUUUGUCCCUGGGAAUGGCGUUGGUGGUGUCCUUCUUUUUUACUGCUCAUGAUCCUUAUUCAGUUGUGCUAAUGAGGGUUAUUUGGGAAACGUAUGUCGCGGAUUAUUUAUAGCAUGAUCCAUAGCCACGACAUUAAUACAAUUAUCAGAAUGCAACUUCCUAUACAAUGAUUUGUGGGGCCUCA